AUGUUGACUGGAUGGAAAUUACUUUUGUCAAAACUCUUCAUAAUACCUCAGCGAUGGGUGAUGGCUAUCAUGGGCUUCUUGGCGGUGGCGAACGCCUACACGAUGCGUGUGUGCCUGAACAUCGCCAUAACUCAGAUGGUGCGUCGACACGCGCACUCGCCAGCCUACGAAGAGGGCUCCUGUCCAGGCGACGUCGAAGAGACUGUGGCUGAAACUGCUGAAAUAAGCGGUUACGACUGGGACGAGGAAACCCAGGGAAUCAUCCUGAGUGCGUUCUAUUAUGGGUAUAUCGUGACCCAUUUGCCGGGCGGCAUGCUAGCCGAGAGGUUUGGCGGCAAAUAUUCCCUCGGAUUUGGGGUUCUGAGCACGGCGGUGUUUACCCUGCUCACUCCUUGGACGGUGAGCGUCGGUGGCGCUACUGGGCUGAUCGUCUUGAGGGUUUUGGAAGGUCUGGGAGAGGGCACUACAUUCCCAGCGCUGAACGCCAUGCUCGCCCGCUGGGCUCCGGUUUCGGAGCGGGGUCGGAUGGGCUCGUUGGUGUUCGGUGGUGCACAGAUAGGCAACAUCGCCGGGACCUACCUCUCGGGGCUCAUCAUGAGGGAGUCGGGCGAUUGGCAGUCGGUCUUCUACCUGUUCGGCGCCGUCGGAAUACUGUGGUUCAUUCUUUGGGCUAUAUUGUGCUACAACGACCCCGAGUCACACCCUUACAUUUCUGACAAAGAAAAGAAGUAUUUGGAGGAGGCACUGGGCAGGCACCAGCACAGCCAACCUUCAGCAAUCCCCUGGAAAGCCAUAUUCAUGUCCGUACCUCUUUGGGCUCUAGUCUGUGCGCAGAUCGGCCAUGAUUACGGCUACUUUACGAUGGUGACGGACCUCCCCAAGUACAUGACAGGCGUGCUGAAGUUCGAUAUUCAUCGUACUGGCACCCUGGCCGCGCUGCCGUACGCCGUCAUGUGGCUAAGCUCGAUCACAUUCGGCUGGAUGUGCGACAAAAUGGUCAAGAGGAACUGGCUCACUGUGACCAACGCCAGGAAGACCUUCACAACGAUAGCGUCCGUCGGUCCAGGGAUCUGCAUGAUACUAGCCUCUUACUCGGGCUGUAACACGGAGACUGUUGUGAUAUUGUUCACGGCGUCCAUGGGCCUCAUGGGCGCGUUCUACCCGGGAAUGAAAGUGAACGCGCUGGACCUCAGCAGCAACUACGCAGGAACCAUCAUGGCGAUCGUGAACGGCAUCGGAGCCAUAACAGGCAUCAUCGCGCCAUACCUAGUUGGGCUGCUGACACCCGAUAGUACUCUAGUACAAUGGAGACUGGUGUUUUGGAUAACGCUCGCCGUUUUCAUCGUCACAAACUUGGUUUUCGUCGCUUGGGCUUCCGGAGAUGAGCAAUGGUGGAACAAAACCUCCCAAGAUAACAGGAAGCAACAGGAGAUUGAAAUCUCCACAACACACACCGUAAACACAGAUAUUAGAUUG